AGUGGCUCAAGUGCAAAGCCAACUGAUAUAUAGGAGGAGACCUGGCAGCAAUGGACAUCGUGGUGGUGACCACCUUCCAGGAUUUUGAUGAAACUCUGGAGAAACGUCAGAGGGGUCCUGGCUGCGGCCGGAAGCACAGCACACAAGCAAUGGUUCGACAUUUGGUGCGACAGGUGCAGGAGUACGUCCGAAAGGUGGACCUCUUAAUUCUUGAUUGGAAGUCACCUCCGAAACAGGGGCCCAAGGAGCUGAACGUCGCGAUUGGCCGUGGUGAGCCGGAGAAAGCUGCAGUUUGGGGAUCUCGAGAGCAGCUGUUGACCAAAUUUCCUGCAUCUGUGUGGGAUCUUUGCAUUUGCUCCAGUUCUUUUCGCUUCGUGCUAGAUUUUGCCGCCCAGCUGAAGGUCAAGAAAAGGCUGGCCAUGGUUCACGACUACAAUCUACCAGUUGGCCCCUGGGGUCAAGAGCAAACGAAGGAGCAGAUCAAAGAGCACUCUUCCCUUUGUGCAUCUUAUGAGCUUCUGUGUGCUUCUCAGCACCUGACUGAGUUUGUCGAGAAGUGGGGUGAAGGUGCUUUGCGGCCCAUUUGCUGCUAUGCGGCCGACUAUGCCUAUUUUGACCCAGUGCCACAGGAGCCAUACCAGCCGUGGGAAGGGAAGCACGACUUUAUCACCUUUGUCAGCCCGUGCCCCGAAAAGGGCCUCAGCAUUUUCCUAAGAGUAGCUGAGAGCAUGCCAGACGUGCAGUUCCUGGCAGUGAAGACAGUGUCAUGGACCAAACCUUGGCACGAACAGAUGCUCAAGAGACUCAAGAACGUGAAGAUCCAGCAAGCCAGCGAAAAGAUCGAGGACAUUCUUAGCAUCACAAAGAUUCUACUCGCUCCAUCCGUCUAUCCACAAGCUUUUGGCUUAAUCGUCACAGAGGCUCAGCUUCGAGGCAUACCAGUCGUGUCUACCAGCAGCUGCGGCUUGGCAGAAGCCAACUCGGUUCCACGGACGCAGGUUGGAGAUGUUCCAAUUGUGUAUGAUCCAAGAACACAUGAACUUGUCCUUGGCAUGACGUUGGACGAAGCUGAAAACUCACUAUCCUUGGAACGGCCUGGGGGACUGACUAUGGAGCAGUGGCGCCAGACAGCAAUCACACAGGAGAACUACCAGAAGGUCGCAGAAGAGAGCGAUGUUCAGAGGCUCUUGGAGACGUUGCGAGGUUUGCUCGGAGAGGGGCUGCGUCAGGCCUCCCAAGAUGCCAGAAUUGCAUCAAGUAGUUUUGUAGAGAAGCGAAAAGGCCAGUUCAUGACCACGAUCAAAAAGAUACUGGCGCAGCAUGUGGCAGCUGGCGAUGCGAAGCCUGCAGCCAUUACAAAUGGAAACGCCACCCAGAGCUUUGCUCCCAAGCCCCGGGGCUUUACAUCCACGGAGGAGGACAAUGGGUUCGAUGUAAACCAAGAUUUUUCCAAGGUCCCGGAUUUUGAUGGCAUGACCUUGGCUUCCAAGUGUUUGGUGCGUCUUUGUGAGCAGGGAAAUUUGACGGUUGCUGCUGAACUCAUCCAGGCCAAGGCGGACUUGAAUCUGCCGGAGCCAGACAUUGGAGUGACACCCUUGAUUGCAGCUGCGAAUGCUGGGCAUUUGGAUGUUUGCAAGUAUUUGAUCCGGAAAUCUGCUGACAUCAGCGCAGAAGUCCGCGAUGGCACUCGCAGAACGGCACUGCAUGCAGCUGCGCUCAUGGGCUAUGCCUCGGUGGUGCAGCUGCUUCUGGACAAGGGUGCCAAUCCUAAAGUGGAGGAUCUCACGAGGACGCAUCCUUUACAUUUGGCAGUGAAGAAUGGCCAUGCUGGAGCGGCCGAGCUGCUUCUGAAGAGUAAGGCGAAUCCAAACAGCGCGGAUGAGCAAGGGCAUGUGGCAAUCAAUGAUGCGGUGGCCAAAGAUCGCUUCGACUUGGUAACAAAGCUCCUGGAGUAUGGCGCUUUAGUCAAUGUGCGCAACAUGGCUGGACUUGAAGCGAUCUCUUUUUCGCGAACACCGCAGAUGCAAUCAAUUAUCAUGAAACAUGACGUCAACUUUUAAUUGCGCAUGCUGAGCACAGGCCAGGCACAGAUUGAGGAUUGCAAAGGGCAAGUCUCUAUUAUGUGGACCAAUGCCCAUCCUUCGGUGGGAAGAGGGCCGAAAGGGACA